AGUGGCCUAUUAUAGGGUGCCCAAAACUAAACCUGUCCAGAAUUCGCUCUGGACCUCUCCCUCCGUUCUUGGCCAUGCUGUCGCCCUGCGACGCGAAUCUCCAUUGCUAACUGCUCGUCCUCCAAGAUCCACAAAAGGCGAACAGCAAAACAGAUCAGAACUUUUUGGCACGUUUUCUUUGUUUCAGUCCAUUCCAAUCCACGAACAAGAGGCAGAAGUGGGCGACGGGCCGGUUGAUGUCAUUGCUACGCAGAUCGUCUCGCUGUUCCUGACGCGUGCGGGCGUUCGCAGCGCCACGGUGCCGAUCGAGCUGAUCAACCGCCGCCGACGAAGACGACGACGACGAUGACGGGCAAGCAGGAGGAGGGCCAAGGGGCGCCGGGCGGCAGCGUGUGCUUGUGGCUGGUGACGGUGCUGCUCCUCCUCUCCCUGCUCGGCGGCGGCGCGUGCCUCGCGGCCUACAUCCUGCUGCCGCCAAACGAGGCGCCGGCCUGGCUCCCCGCCGUCGGCCUGGCGCUCGUCGCGCUCCCGUGGGCGUUCUGGAUCGUCACGUGCGCGUACCGGUGCGCCAAGGCGCGCGCCGCCGAGCGCAGAAUGAUGGCCGUCGCGCCGGCGACCGGCAGCAUGUGCUCGCGCUCCGGCUCAUGAACCAGGAACUUGUUUUAAUUAGGAUGGAUCACUGAAGAUGCAAAACGACAUGAGGAUGGAGAUGAAGGAAUUAAAUCUACUCAGCUCAAUCUACAAAUUAAUGUCAAAAGUGGGGGAUGCCAAAAAUCUGGAAUUGUAAGGAACAUUAAACGUAGAGAAAUUGUAUAUAUUUUUUUGGUGAGAUCCUAGCCAACAUGUCUUUCUCUGUAUAGUUCUUGUCAAUGUUUUAAGAGUAUGAAGUUGAGCCUAACUUGUUGAGUGGGAAGUAGUAUGUGUUCAAUUAACUGUACAAAUUUUAGCUUGCUGGAUUUGAAAUUGUUGCCAGCUCGGCCUUGAUGUGAUCUUUAACUAUCAGAAAUUGUAACCAGUCGUUUCCACUGCA